CAGAGGGAUAAGCGGGGUCUGGACGCAAUGUUUAUGUGUGCCGUGUGUGGGUCUCAGCUGGGUGAAGUCGUGCCGUUUUGAAAGGGUGGCAGGCGCCCUACUCGCACACUUCACGCUAUUAGGAGACGCCCCACGCCUCCUUCAUGUGUCCCGAGCCUCUCUGCCCUUGCUGUGGUCCUGCUAGCUGUUGACAAGAUGGAGAUAAUGUCCUUCCUUGCGGUGGUGGGCCUCAUCCACGCCGCCCUCUACUUCACCGACCAGUUCCUCAAGAGCUGUAUGAACAUGCCCUACAUCUACUUCCUGGAGAAUGUGGGUCUUUGGAUCAAACCGCUGCAGCUUCACUGGUUCACCACUGCAUUCAACCGCACCGUCACCAAGUGGGCACUGUGGAGGCCUCGCUUCUUUCGGCUUUGGUUCAGUGUUGGUGCUGUUGUCGUCAUGUUGCUCCUCCUUCCGUCACUGUUCCUCCUCAUCACCGGACUGGCCAACCACAUGAGGCCAGUGCAGGAGCAAGCCGUGGCCACCCUGCAGCCCAUGGUCCCAGGCAUCAACAUCCCCAUGAAGGAGCUGCCUUACUACUUUGCCACACUGCUGAUGGCGUCUGUCAUCCACGAGGCCGGUCAUGCCUUUGCUGCCGUCCAGGAAGACGUCCAUGUCAACGGGUUUGGGUUCCUGCUGAUGUUCAUCCUGCCGGGAGCCUAUGUGGACGUGCCCACCGAGGAGAUCCGAGCGCUGACCCCCUUCAGGCAACUCAAGAUCCUGUGUGCCGGCGUGUGGCACAACAUCGUGCUGGUGGCACUGGCACUGGGCCUGGGCCUCUCCACACCCUACCUCAUGUACCCGCUCUAUGACAGUGGCAGGGGCCUCAGCGUCAUCUCCAUAACAAAGGACUCCCCAGCGCGUGGCAUAACAGGACUGGAAGUGGGAGACAUCAUUACGUCCGUCAACAAGCAGCCGGUGGUGAGCGUGGCGGAGUGGCGGCAGGCCCUCGUUGCCAGCUCCACGCAGGACCAGACGGGCUUCUGUGUCCCUGAGGCCGUGGUGCAUAACCAUGAUGAGACGGUGCAGCAUGGUGAGCCUUACGAGGGUGUGGAUGGGUCCGUGCAGUGUUGCGAGGGAAACAGCGAUGCCCACCUGUGCUUUGAGCUGCUGGAGGACCGGGAGGCAGAUGUGGGUGUGGCUGCCAUGCACCCCUUCUCCUGCCUCCCUGCACGCAUUGCCAUCGCCAGGAGUGACAAUGUGUGUGUCACCUCCACCACCUGCCCCGCCGACACACACUGCCUGGCACCCUCCCUCAAGAAUGUCACUCGCCUGGUGCAGAUCAGCCGUGGGGUGAGGGAUGGUGGGGUGGGAGCAGAGCAGGAGGAUGUGUUGUACCUGGGGCCACCAGCCUACCUCUACCACACUGUCACCCUCACCAGCUAUGUGUCCAAGUACCCCUUCCUGUCCCCGGCCUGGCCCAGCAGUCUGGAGGUCUGCUGUGACUACAUGGUGAAGUUCUCCGGGGCCCUGGCGGUGCUCAACAUGGUGCCAGUGCUGUACCUGGAUGGCUACUGGAUCUUUGGGGCCAUCAUUGACUUCUUCCUGGCACCUCGCUGUGACCACAUCACCAGGAAGAUUGUCCAUGCGGUGCUCACGCUGGUGGGGAGCAUGCUGCUCUUUGCCAACAUUGCUCUGGGUGUGUGGAGCAUUUUGUGAGGACACAGGGUGUUGUGGUGUGUGGCUGUUGGUGGUGCGUGUGUGGUGUGUCAGGGCUUGGUGGUGUCCUGUGCGCUGGGUGAUCUGGCUGCUGGCUUUUAGACUGAGUGGUAGAUAUAGAAGUGGAAAGACCUGCCAAAGUAUUAAAAGCAUGGGGAUUAUUACAUUUUAGUGGUGAUCUCCACAGUAACUUAUACAUAUGUUAUUGCAUACCUUGUAUUUCUCAUUCCUUAGUGCUCAGAAGGCUUGAUAUGAAGGCUGUAAAUGUUUGAGAAUGGAGGGCCAGAGUGUCACUGUUAAGAGUAUUACAAGCAAAGGCAGGUGUGACCUGGUAGCCGCAGUCAGCAGGCCAGCAGCACACAGGCCACCACCGCCGCCACGCAUGGGUGCAAGGUGCCGUCCACUGUCGCAGUGCAGUGUGCUACUCUUGUCCGCUUUAAUCCUCUAGUCUGGGUGUGGUGGCCAGCAGUGCUGCCUUGUCAGUGGCAGGGAUGUUAGGGGUGACUGUGGUGGUGCAGGGUAACACUGACCACUGGCCUGUGCUGGAAGCUUUGUGAAGACUGAGUGAGUCAUGCAUAGGAAGCACUCUAUGCAUACUACUCUCAUGAAUGGUUUGCUUACAUGUGUGUAUAUAUCUCUUAUGCUGGAAUGCUCUUAAUGCUGAUUAUUAUGUGAUUAACUGUUACAAGUUACAUAUGAGGAGUGGAUGGUGUAUGUGUGUGUGAAGGGGCAAGCUGUAGUGCCUCCUGAAUUAUUGAUGCAAGUGUUGCCACAAUAGGCAAAUAAUAUCUAGUUGUCUCUGUCAUUCAUUGACACAUCCUUAGCUGGGUGGUGCUGGAGUGCUGCAGAGGGUAAGGCUUCAAGCAGAAAAUGUGGCAACCUGGUGGAUGCAGUGUGGGGACACAAGACAGUGGGUGACUGACAUCCAUACGUCUAGAACUGAAGACAGAAGGAAAGAAUCCCAUGUAGAAUAACAAAUUUACAUCUGUAGUAAAAUUCAACUUAUUUGAUGUAACUUUGAGGCAGCAGACUAAGCUUGUAUCAGAUAGAUGUCUUCACACUAUGGUGAGAGUGGUUGAGGUGACAUCAUGAUCUGGGGCAGUUCUCCAGGUCUUAGACUCCUCAGUGCAAGACAGUGCACACCUUUGGAAAUGCUAAGUGAGCGUGUCAGUGACUGCACAGCUGUAUGACAAGAUAGGUAGUUAGUUAUUAGCAAUACUUGCACAUUUAUGCAUUUCUUCAUACAAAAGUUGUUAUAUCAUUAUGUACCAAUGACAAGUUUUUGAAGAUUUUAUAAUGUUAAAAAUUACUAGAUAGUUUUCAGAGCCUGUAGUAGCCAUAUGAGCCAUCCAUCAAUACCCUGACUCAGCAUGUUGCAGUAUUCCCUCACAGCCUGUGAUGGCACUCCCAAGGUGCCUGUGUGUGUGUGUGUGUGUGUGUGUGUGUGUGUGUGUAAAUGAUACCUUUGUUUUUCCGAGCAUUUAUUUUUGUAAUUGAUGAUACCAUAUGGAGUGAUGGGACCUGUGACCCCUUCCUCUGUAUUUGUAAUGUUCCCUAGAGGUAAGGUGUAAUAUCUUGCCUCUGCCAAUACCCCUGUAAUGGGAAUGUCUGCCCGGUGUAUAGACAGUCACUACCAUAUCUGCAACAAGGCUGUAAUGUUAUGCCUGGCCACACCGGCCUUCCUGCAUUUUGUGGCCAAGGCUCAGGCCUCUUCCCCUCCACUCCCUGCCCCUCUCUCAAGAUUUCCACACUUAUCAUAUUGUAGUACUAUGCACAUUUUGGUCUGUAGAAGCUGCUCAUCUUGUUACAUUUCCUGGUCACUUUGUUAGAUACAAUGAUAUAUAUAUUUUAUGAUCAACUAUUAGUUCAGACUACUCUGUACAAGAGAAUGAAGCUUCCUUACAAGAGGAAUGAAACAACACACUGUGUGUGUGCAUGUUUGUAAAUAUAAAUGGCUAAAUGCACAAUUCUGAGUACACAUCUAGUGCUAGAUAGAGGAGAUAGAAAAGGGAAGCAACAAACAGCCAUAGUGAAUCCAGUGAGUGAAAUGCACAACUCUUAGUUGUAAGUACUACUAGCAUAAGUGUACAAGAGGUGUGUGUGUGUGUGUGUGUGUGUGUGUGUGUGUGUGUGUGUGUGUGUGUGUGUGUGAGGCACUGUUACUGAGGUGAGUGGUGUGGUAGUGGUGUGUGAGGAUCACUUGUGAUUUAUGGUAGGCAUCUAUCUCUACAUUUUAUAUUAAAGGUUCCGCAUUGACGAAAGUCUUAUUGCCACACGUGCAGGAUCCUGACAGUGAACAGACAAGCAGUGAACCUCAAACAACAAGGAGUACAAACUUGUGUAGGCAUGAUAGUAACACUGCUGUACUGCCUUAUGCUGCUGUAACGCUGUUAUUUUGUACUGUAUGGCUGCUCUAUAGUUUGUUUUAUUAUGGUGCCAAUGUACCUUUAUUUGACCUUGGAAUCUGAUCAUGUGAGUAUUGCCUGGCUGCUGAUCUUGCAUCCAUUUAUAAGUACUUGUGUUAAUAAAGGGUCGUCAUUAUACUGCCCCGUACAUAAAU